GCCUUAUAGAGACGGAGGUCGUCUCUUGGAAGAUAGGAUACUGGGUUUUAUCCAAAACUUUGCCUUUGAGCUGAGACUCAGUGACUCAAACCUCUGCCAUGGCGUCCUCUGUGUCUUCCUGUCACCAUGUCCUUUCCUCUUUCUGUUCAAAGAAGAGCAGCAACCCAAACAAUGUGAAAAGUCAGCUCUCUUCUUCGCUUUGGGGCUCUCCCAUAAGCAUAAGCAGCUUGUUCUCUUCAAACCCCAACACGUCCCUGCAAUUCCAAACUCGGAGACGUCUCAGUGUCAUCGCCAUGGCUCCCCCAAAAGCCAAGCCCGGUGGAAAAGCCAAGAAGGUGAUUGGAAUGAUAAAGCUGGCAUUGGAGGCCGGAAAGGCCACGCCUGCUCCACCAGUUGGCCCUGCUCUGGGUUCUAAGGGUGUCAAUAUCAUGGCUUUUUGUAAGGAUUACAAUGCCAGGACAGCGGACAAGGCUGGUUAUGUCAUUCCAGUUGAAAUCACCGUCUAUGAUGAUAAGAGUUUCACUUUCAUAUUGAAGACCCCGCCUGCUUCGGUUUUGCUGCUUAAGGCCGCAGGAGUGGAGAAAGGUUCAAAAGACCCACAGCUGGAGAAGGUGGGAAAGGUCACCAUUGAUCAGUUGCGUACAAUUGCCCAAGAAAAGCUGCCAGACUUGAAUUGCACAACUAUAGAAUCAGCAAUGAGAAUUAUAGCAGGCACUGCAGCUAAUAUGGGGAUCGACGUCGAUCCUCCUGUUCUAGAACCGAAAAAGAAGGAAGUUCUGCUGUAGUGUGUGCUGCUUUCAACAUUUUGUUUCCUUGAUUAUUAGGCUUUGUUCUUAAAAUCAUAUUUGUUGUAAGUUAGUAGAGGACUGAUGGGAAGUCAGUAUGUAAAAACUAUCACCUCCAUUUUUGGUGGUUGGUUAUAAAUUCUUCAUCCUUGUAUUCUUUACUCUUGUUCCUCCUCUUAUCAUCUUUUUACUUC